AUGAAUAUCUUCUCUAGUCAAUAUGAACAACAUUCUUCUCUGCUACCUGAACUGAAAGAUAUGCAGAACCUCUCAGAGAGUUUACUUGAAGCAGUAAGAAAAGCAGCUGAGAUCACUGAACUGAAAUCAAAGCUCUGUACAUGUACAAGAAUUCUAAAUGAGAUUGAGGCCUUGUAUAUGCAGUUACAGACUAAGACAGAGGCUAAACAACAAUUGACAUUCACUGCAGACCAAGUAUUCACUAUGAAGAGCUUCACUGACACAAUCAUCAUCAUCAAUAAGAAUAGAGAAAAUCAGAUCUUAGGUCUGCAGCAGGAGAUUGAAUGUUUACACAGACAGAUAACUACACUAAACCUGAAGAUCUCAUCACAAUUGUUCACAAUCUCUUCAGAAGUGUACACAUCAUCAGAGACUGCUGCACAGAAUGAGAAUCUGAGCAUGAAAUAUAUCAAGCUGAGAGAUCUGUCAGAGUCAUUAAGCUUUAAUAAUAACUGA